AUGAUGAUCGGUGGCGGCGUCGCGACCCCUCCUGGUACUGCCAAGUCGGCUGCUGCGAUCGACAGCGAAAUGGUGCAGGUCGACGGCAUUGGCAGUGGUAGUGUCAGUGGAAGUGCUAGUGGUAGUGGUAGCCCUGCGACGGGCGCGACCACCACGCGUCUGGCGAACAGCAAUAAUAGUAACAAUAAUAAUAACAGCGGCAACAACAACAAUAACGGGGAAAUUAGCAAUAACAACAACAAUGAUGGACAUGGGGUCGCGAAUUGCGCCGGCACAACCACCUCGGGCGCGAGCGACAAAUUUUGUUGUCAGGAUGAAGACGUCCCCGUCAGCACCGGUGUCGCUCGACCUUGGGAACCACCGUCACCGACCUUCUCCCAGACGAGAUCGCAUCUGCUGCAGAUCCAUCCACCGCAUCAUCAUCAGCAUCCGGCGGCGCAUCAUCAUCAGCAGAUGAACGUACCGGUCUCCCUCAUCGAUGGCGUGAACUUGCAAAACUGCACGGCGGGUCCGUUUGCGAGCGGAAAUAAUGGCGGUGCAUCGCGGCAACGUCUAAUCGAAUUGUCGCACGGAUUAGGAGCACUAAGGCAUUAUAAUGAUCUUGCUAAUCACGUGUUGUCCUUAAAUCAGCAGGGCGCAGUCGUCACGAAACUUUUAGGUACACUGCGCCCGCCGGGUCUGAUCGGUGGCAGUAAACCAAAAGUAGCGACACCGGCUGUCGUCGCCAAGAUCGAACAAUAUAAAAGGGAGAACCCGACCAUCUUCGCUUGGGAAAUUCGAGAGAGAUUAAUCUCGGAGGGAGUUUGCAGUAACGCGACCGCACCGUCGGUCAGCAGCAUCAACCGGAUACUGCGGAAUCGCGCGGCGGAACGCGCGGCCGCGGAAUUCGCGCGGGCCGCCGGCUACGGGCUGUACGCGGCCGCCGGGCCGCAUCCGUACUUCAACUCGCACCAGCAUCCGACGACGAGCCAUCACCUGCCGGCGGGUUGGCCGGCACCGGCGGGCGCGGCCGGCCAUCCGUGGAUGCUGCCGCCUCUCGCGACCGGCAUAUCCGGCGCGGCCGCGUCGGCGCUGCUCCUGCCGCCGUCUCUGAGCCCUGGUGCGGCCGCCGCCGCGGCCGUGGCCGCGUCCGCGUCCGCCGCGGGCACCUCCGAGCACGCGCUUCACGCCGCCGACGUGAUCGCUCGAGGAUACCUGCAAGACGGUGACGGGGAUGACGGAAGUUUAGACGGUUCGGAGCAGCCUAAAUUCCGACGCAACCGCACAACUUUCAGUCCGGAGCAGCUUGAAGAGCUCGAAAAGGAGUUCGAGAGAUCGCAUUAUCCUUGCGUGUCCACGCGCGAGCGUCUUGCCUCGAAAACGUCACUUUCGGAAGCGCGCGUUCAGGUUUGGUUUUCCAACAGACGGGCAAAGUGGCGUCGUCACCAGCGCAUGAACCUCUUAAAGCGCUCGCCACCGCCUCCACCGCCACCGCCGCAGCCGCAGCCGCAGCAGCAACCGCACUCCGCUACGUCCGCUAUGGAAAUCGGCCAGCGUACAUCCGGUUGCUCCAUCGCCGGCAUGGGCGGCGAAAGUAGCGCAUUCCGCGCGGUCGUCGCCAAUUCCGCGACUAGGGACGCAAAUCUCGACAGAUCCGAGAGGAUCGAUAGGCUGGAAUCGAUAGCGAAGCAACCGGAGAGGAAACCCAGCGCCUUCCGCAUGAUCAGUCAGCUAGUGGGCGACGAUUCGUCCGGACUCUCGAGACCAGCCAGUCCUGUAUACGAACGACAUGGAUCCGGAUUUGGUCCGAGACCGGGAUCGGCGCACAGGAUACGCUACGAUCAGAAUGAGGACGAGGACGAGGAGAUCGACGUACAGGAUUCCGAUCAGGAUGCACCGUCGUCGCCGCCGGUCGCAUGGAGGGAUCACUGGACUGACCAACAACCGUUGGAAUUGACGAAGCACGAUCGUUAAAUGAGAUGUGAUACAUCAGUUCGGUCUCGAUCGACAUGGCCAUCAAAUCUGAAGUGACAUUUUUCAACGAGAUCGGAAUAUCUAUCGUACGGUUGCAUGUUGCUAUUUAUUUAUGUAUCUCAAUCGGAUAAAUCGCGCAAAUAUGUAAUUUUAUCAGUGCUCGAAGUGAUCGAUAAGUGCAAAGGUGAAAAAAAUAUUCUUUCGCUCUAUGGUGCUCGGAUUAUACUAAGAUUAGCUAAUCGUGAGAUGUGUGUUUGUCGAUCCGAAACAUCGAUAGUAUACGCGUGGUAGAUCGAUAACGUGCUGCAUCGGCAAUGAACUGAAUCAUGGCGAUUAUCGUCGUGUAAUAUCAGAUGCAACAACGUAUACUUAUUAUAUUCUCUCAUCCUUCUUUAGCCCGAUAACGGGCUCGGCUCUUCUCUAUCAGUUGAAAUCUUUAACACCUAUGGAACUACUUAUUACAAACACGGACGAUUUCUUACAAUUACAAUUGCGAAUAUAUAAUUACUGCGAUCUGUAUAAUAUCAAAAGGCAACAUUAUCAGUGUCACUGUAAUUAUUAUUGUAGAUUACGUAGGCAAACCAUGCAUAUCGCGUGGCAAAAGCAAACGCUAUUAAUUCGCUCAAACCUGCCUGUGGAGCCGCUCGUGUGAAUCGAGAAUAAAAUGGUAUUACGAGCAAAGAGUGAGAUCGUUCGAGCUCAUUCGAAACUAGUCCUAGCGAAUCAUUAUGAAUUAAAGGUGUGCGUUAUCUAAAUAUUUGAAAUAGACGUAAGUGAAAACACAGAUAAUCCUGUAUGAAAUAUCUGUUAAAGUAACGUUUAUUUAAAUGAAUCCUUUAUUUUGUAAAUAUUUACAUACAUAUAUCUGGCGUCACACAAAUAAUUUUCCUUUGCAAAAACUCUUACAAAAAUUUCCUUUCCAACUAUUCCCUAAAACAAUGUUCGGCUACCCAUCGAAUAUAUUCGCACAAUA